GUGUAUAUAUAUUGUCGAUAAAUUAGAGUUUUUUCAGUUUUCUGUGAUUUUUAAUUUCCAAGAAAUAGAUACAUAAGCAAAAAGAAAUCAAUGGAGCUAAUUUUUUCCAUUCUCGUUACUUUUCUUUCAUCGCAAUUAUUUGUUACAGCGGAAGAUAUGGAUCCAAAAAUUGUGGGUGGUUCUUUGGCGAAAGAAGGACAAUUCCCCUAUCAGGUUUCACUUCGAAAAAAUAAUAAACAUUUUUGUGGAGGAUCGAUUAUUAAUGAAAAUUGGAUAUUAACAGCUGCUCAUUGUUUAACUGGUGGUUUAUUUGAUAUUCCCAGAUUCAACGACAGUAAUAUUGAUGUUGUUGCUGGAACAAACACUUUAGAUGAAGGAGGAGUAUUUUAUAAGUCGAAGAAAAUCAUACCUCAUCCUAAUUAUAGUUCUAUACUGAUUAGAAACGAUCUUGGACUUAUUCAGUUAGAGAAAGCAAUUGAAUUCACUGAUAAAAUCAAAUCCAUCACUCUUCCUACUGAUGAUUUCUCAAAAUUUGGAAACUCUGCUGUUUUAUCUGGAUGGGGAACAACCUCUUAUCCCGGAAAACCGCCAAAUGAACUGCAACACAUUUUUCUAACUGUGAUUCCUCAAAAGGAAUGUUUAAGUGCGAAUUUCCGAAUAACGAACAAUAAUAUUUGUACUUUAAACAAAAAAGGGGAAGGAGCUUGUCACGGAGACUCUGGUGGUCCUUUGGUUGCUGAUGAUGUUCAAAUUGGUAUUGUAUCUUGGGGGAAACCUUGUGCCAAAGGUCAACCAGAUGUUUUUACUCGUGUAUACAGUUACAUGAACUGGAUAAAUAAACAUAUUAAACCCGAUGAAUCUACCAACAGUGUCGAUGACUAGUGAAAUACAUAUCUAUUUAAACCGCGAAAAGUGUAUAUAUUUACUUCUUCUAAAAAACUUAAUACUUCUAGUCUGCAAUUUAUUACAAUAAAAAUUACAAUAUAAAUAUUUGCUUUUA